GUCGAGGUCAACCCGCUGCCGAGAUGGUCAACAUCGCUGUCCCUGUCAUGGGCGGCCUCUUAAUCGAGGUCUUCGUCGCAUGCAUUCUCUAUGGUAUCACCACCCUCCAGACAUUAAUCUACUACCAGAAGUAUGCAAACGACCGGCCCUUCCUCAAGUACUUGGUCGCGACAGUAUGGUUUCUGGAAACGGCGCACACCGCUUUCUGCGUGCAGUUCAUCUACGACUACCUCAUCGUAGACUUUGGCAACGUCCUCAACUUCCUCGAUAUCAACUGGGGGAUUGGAGUUACGGUCAUGUGUAGCGCGAGCAUCGCUCUCUGCGUACAAGGCUACUACACCUGGCGCGUCUGGAUCGUCAGCGGUAACUCGAUCGUCUGGACGGGACUCAUCGGCAUGUUCGCGCUAGCCCGAGUAGGUUUCGGUGUCGCGUCUUGCGCGUUGUGCUACGUCUACCCGUCAUGGCCCGUGCUGCGAAGCAGGAGGGCGUCGCUCGUCACUGUUAGCGGCGGUCUUGGCUCUGCGGCUCUUGUUGACAUCCUCGUCGCACUCACCUUGACCGUGUACCUGAAGCGCCGGAGAUCCAUGGGACAAUGGCCAAAGGAGUCGAAGAACAUGAUCAACAGGAUCCUCCUCUACGCUGUCAAUACAGGCGCCAUCACCUGCUCGGCAUCUAUCCUGUGCGUCAUCCUGUUCGCAGUCCAGAAGAACAGCUUGACCUUCCUCGGCCUGGUCGAGAUCCAAGCGAAGCUGUACGCGAACUCGUUCCUGGGCUCGCUCAAUGCGCGCGAGCACAUCCGCAGCAAGAGCGUCCGAACGUACACUUCCUCCGUCGGGUCCAACUUCCGCAUCGGCAAUCCGCGCGUCCCUAUGCUCGAGGUCUAUCAGCACACCAUCAUCGAAGACGACCGCCCGCCCAAGACGCCGGACAGCGCACACUUCGACCUGAAGAGCCUCCGCUCGCCCACCGAGAGCCUCUCCUCCCCGACGCUCAAGUCCCCCACCGACAGCGAGUUCCCAUGAUCGCCUUCCCGCCUUCCCCCCUCCCCGCCUGCUCGCCCUGGCCCGCACGCCCGUCCACACUACUCUCACGCCUCCCCGUCGCCCACCGCUCCUUCCCUCCGCUGCGCACUCGGUCUCUCCGCAGGUGACACCCGUCCCCCUGGAACACGCAGGACGCUGGCAUUGGCUCUCGAAGCGUCCGAAUACCUUACUCAUCAGUGUAUCAAUCACCGCCCGGUUCAGACGUGGCCGAGGCUGGUGCCUCG